AUGAAAGCAAAUUCAGAUCUAUUCGGAAAGAGGAUACAGCUGCAUGAAUUUGAUUCAAACGGAUAUAAUGCUGAAGGUGGUGGUCCUGUUGCUUCAGGUGACGAUCUUUCAUGCGAUUUUGAUCAACAUGCAUGCUGUUGGGCGAAUGUACCGCCGCCAGAUGACCAGCUUGAUUGGCAAAUCGCUACUGCCAUACCAGACCAAGAAUUAGCGAAUGAUGCCCCCAUACCAAAUGGUAAUUAUCUCAUAGUAUAUGCAACUAAUGCUGCACCAUCUGAUGAAGCACAAUUUGCGUCGUGCGCAAUUGGAUGUGCAUCAUCAACUAUUAUUGUUCGUGCAAAACAUUGGCAAACAGCAAAUGUAUUAUUACAAGUGUGUCAACGUGAAUCUUUCCCUAAUACUGUCAACUAUAAUCCAUUAUUGAACUGCCAGGAAUUUCCAUUAGUAUCCGGAUUGGCUUUAACUGAACUGAUCCUUCCUAAGGCGUCUUUGGUUGAUAUUGUUUUUGUUGCUAGCAAUUUUGUGGGAGAGAAUGGUGAUGCAGCAAUAUUGGAUGAUAUUGAAAUAAUCUACGAGAGCAAUGGUGGGGAUUGCAGCCAAGAAUCCGAUGAUAAAGUAGAAGUACAAUCCGAUGAUAAAGUAGAAGUAUCAGAAGUUGAAAUUAAUAAAGUUGAUAAGGUUUUUUUUUUGCAUAUUUUUUUGCAUACUUUUCAUAUUUCAAAUUUCCGGCCAAAAGAAGAACCGAAGAGAAUCGCGCUUCCUCAAACUGCUGUAGCCUCCAAAGGAUUCGGUAAAACUGGUUCGGUCUGCGAAACUGUUAAAUGCUCCUUUGAAUCAAAAAAUAUGUGUAAUUAUGAAGACGUUCAACAAGCACAAGCGUCUAGAGGAUCAACGACAGGAUUUCAAAUUGUGAAGGGACAUUUCAUGAAUAAAAUAACCGGAGUUAAAGAAAUAACAGGAGGCGAUUAUUAUGCAGCGACAUUCUUGUUUCCAAGAGAAAUGGCUGGAUUUGCGAUUAAUAUAAAUAAAUUAAAAAAUCCUAUUAGAUUACGCUUCAAAUAUUAUGAAGGAACUCAUGGAGUACAAUUGAAGGGUUGUUGCGAUAGCCUUGAGCAUUGCUUAUUUGCAUCCGAUAAAUAUGUAUCAAUUAGCGAUCGAAUGUGGAAAUUAACUGAAUUUAGAUGUCCUGUUGGUACUUCCAAGAUUUUAUUUGUUUGCGAGAAUACAAGGACAAAUCAAGGUGCAUGUGCUAUCGAUGAUAUUCAAGUUAUUGAUAACGAUACUGUUGAUGUAAAGACUGCACGACCCUUGUGUUAA